GCGCGCACUACCGCAGGAACAGAACAGCUCCUUCAUUCGGUGCACAUGUAACCGACUUGACCUCCGACUGUGUGCAAUUCAUCUGCUCGUUUUCACUCCUGCUCUCAUAUAAGCUAACAGCGGUGUUAGAAUAGAAAGAGCGGUUAGUAGUUCCCCAGACGGUCCAGUAGUAAGGUAAAUUAUCACUCGGCUGUGUGAGAGUAGAUCAGAGCGUGAGGCUGAUGGAUGCGGUGUCGGUUCUGUCUCCAGACGCUGGGCCUGUGGAAACACGGCCACCUGAAGACGACAUCGAGGGAGACGACGACGAUGAUCUGGAUGAAACCAUGGUGGAGAGGCUGUGGGGAUUAACAGAGAUGUUUCCUGACACACUGCGCUCGGCAGCAGAAGUAUCGGCACAGUGCUCGCUGUCCCUUGCGAAAAAAGUUUACAGCUUUUCCCGCACUGCACUGUGGAUCGGCACCACUUCAUUUAUGAUCCUGGUUCUUCCGGUCGUGUUUGAAACAGAGAGACUACAGCUGGAACAGCAGCAGUUACAACAGCAGAGACAGAUCCUAUUGGGGCCAAAUGCUGGAAUAUCUGGUGUAAUCCCUGGAAUGGCACCUGUUGCUCCUGGAAAGGUCUGAAGAAAUGGCUCUUAGCCUAUCCUCAAGCUGCAGUUCACAGUGGACCUGGAAAUGAGUCACCUAGUCAUCUGAAUAAAGAAGAGCAGGAGACAUGAGCUGGCUUCAUUCACCGAAUCUGUCAUAUUGUCCAGAGGGUUUUUUUUGUUGUUUUUGUGUUUUUGUGUUUUUUUUUUUUGUUUUUUGUGUCUUUCUGAAAACAAUGCAUGUAGUAUUUCACUAAUGUACUUCACCACUAUACCAGUCAGAAUCAGAGAUAUUCGAUAGGUAAUUAUCAGAGUUUUCUUAAUAGAUUAAAGAGCCCAGUCUGAUUCUUUGCUCAUUUAUAAAAGACCAUAGAAUUUUACCAUGCAUCUUUACAUGCAAGUUUUAAUUCAGGACAAUUUGAAGUGGAAGCAGCAACAAAAACAAUGCACUAUACACUGAUAAAAAAGAUCUUGUUGUAUAUGCUUUAGACAAUGUAUCUCCUACUUGCUUGUCGUCGCCUUCCAAUAAAAAAAUACAGUGCUCUGGUUAAAAAAAAAAAGGAAUUAAAUGAUGUAAAGGCAUUAA